AACAAAAACGAAAGGGUUUAGGAAAAUCAAAACCACAGACGAAAGGGUUUUGGUCUGAUUGUCUUCUUCUCAUGGCCUUCUCGAGAAUCGCUCUUCUUUGCCAACGAUUCUCUAGACAACAACAACAACGCCAACUUCACAGACCAUUCACUACAAAGCUAGAUAACACCAGAUUUCUCUAUCCCAAUCAAUCCAAGCUUGCCCAAAACCUAAUUGCGAUCUUCACAAGACAACCUUUUUCCCCUGAAGACCCUGAGCUAUUAAAACUCGCUCCAGAGCUCAACACCAAGGUAGUUGAAACCGUCUUGAAUGGAUUCAAAAGAUGGGGUUUGGCUUAUCUUUUCUUCAAUUGGGCUUCUAAACAGGAAGGUUAUAGAAACGAUAUGUAUGCUUACAAUGCCAUGGCUUCUAUCCUAUCACGUGUUCGACAAAAUGCCUCACUGACAGCUUUGGUUGGAGAUGUUCUGAAUUCUCGUUGUUUAAUGUCUCCUGGAGCGUUAGGGUUUUUCAUUCGGUGUUUGGGUAAUGCUGGGCUAGUGGAAGAAGCAAGUUCUGUUUUUGAUCGAGUUAGAGAGAUGGGUCUUUGUGUUCCUAAUGCUUAUACAUAUAACUGUUUGUUAGAAGCAAUUUCUAAGUCGAAUUCAAGCUCGGUCGAGUUGGUUGAGGCGAGGUUGAAGGAGAUGAGGGAUUGUGGUUUUCAUUUCGAUAAAUUUACUCUUACACCAGUUUUGCAGGUUUAUUGCAACAAUGGGAAGUCCGAGAGAGCGUUGAGUGUUUUUAAUGAGAUUCUUAGUAGAGAUUGGCUUGAUGAACAUAUUUCAACCAUCUUGGUUGUAUCAUUUUGUAAGUGGGGUCAGGUGGAUAAGGCCUUUGAGUUGAUUGAGAUGCUCGAAGAACGACAUAUUAGGUUGAACUAUAAGACAUAUUGUGUUUUGAUUCAUGGAUUUGUAAAGGAGUCUCGGAUUGAUAAAGCAUUUCAGUUGUUUGAGAAAAUGCGUCGGAUGGGUAUGAACGCUGAUAUUGCAUUGUAUGAUGUGUUGAUAGGAGGACUUUGCAAGCAUAAAGAUCUUGAGAUGGCUCUGAGUUUGUAUUUGGAGAUUAAGAGGUCGGGAAUCCCACCUGAUAGAGGAAUACUUGGGAAGCUAAUAUGUUCAUUUUCUGAAGAAAGUGAAUUAAGUCGGAUAACAAAAGUGAUCAUUGGAGACAUAGACACAAAAUGUGUGAUGCUUCUUUACAAAUCUUUGUUGGAGGGGUUUAGUAGGAAUGAUUUGGUGCAUGAGGCUUACAGUUUUAUUCGGAGCCUCAUGGGAAAUCAUGAGUCAGAUGGUGUGUCUGAGAUUGUGAAGCUUCUUAAGGAUCAAAAUAAAGCAAUCCUCCCAGAUUCAGAUUCUCUUAGCAUUGUGAUUGACUGCUUAGUCAAAGCUAACAAGGUGGAUAUGGCAAUGACUUUGUUACAUGAUAUUGUUCAGAAUGGCCUUAUUCCAAGUCUUAUGAUGUACAACAACAUAAUAGAAGGGAUGUGUAAAGAAGGAAGGUCGGAAGAAAGCUUAAAACUCUUAGGAGAAAUGAAGGACGCCGGAGUUGAACCAAGUCAAUUCACACUUAAUUGUAUUUAUGGUUGCCUUGCUGAACGAUGCGAUUUUGCAGGAGCAUUGGACCUACUGAAAAAGAUGCGUUUUUAUGGAUUUGAGCCAUGGAUAAAGCAUACUACCUUUCUUGUCAAAAAACUUUGCGAGAAUGGGAAGGCUGUUGAUGCUUGCAAAUACAUUGAUGAUGUAGCUGGGGAAGGUUUCCUUCGUCACAUGGUUGCCUAUACUGCUGCAAUUGAUGGUCUCAUAAAAAAUGAGGGAGUAGAUAGAGGUUUAGAGUUAUUCCGAGACACAUGUGCCAAUGGUCACUGCCCUGAUGUGAUUGCAUAUCAUGUAUUGAUAAAGGCUCUAUGUAAAGCGUAUCGAACUACGGAAGCUGAUAACCUGUUUAACGAAAUGGUAUCAAAAGGACUAAAACCUUCUGUUGCUACUUAUAACAGUAUGAUAGAUGGAUGGUGCAAGGAAGGUGAGAUUGACCGGGGCCUGUCUUGUAUAGUGAGGAUGUAUGAGGAUGAGAAAAACCCUGAUGUUAUUACUUACACUAGCUUAAUACAUGGGCUAUGCGCUAGUGGAAGACCUAGUGAAGCAAUCUCUCGUUGGAAUGAAAUGAAGGGCAAAGAUUGCUAUCCAAAUAGAAUUACUUUCAUGGCACUUAUUCAGGGUCUUUGCAAUUGUGGCUGGUCUAGUGAAGCCUUAGUUUAUUUUCGUGAGAUGGAAGAAAAGGAAAUGGAGCCUGAUUCAGCUGUUUACUUAUCCCUCGUAAGCUCUUUUCUGUCAAGUGAAAACAUCAGUGCCGGGUUUGGGAUAUUCAGAGAAAUGGUUCAUAAAGGAAGAUUUCCGGUUUCAGUAGAUAGGAACUAUCUGCUUGCAGUUGAUGCUACAAGCGACGUCAAUUACGCUUACAAGUUCUUGUCGAAACUAUCUAAUCCUCCUGAUUACGGCUGGAAUUUCGUAAUACGAGGUUUCUCCAAUAGCAAAAACCCCGAGAAAUCGAUCCGUGUCUAUAUCCAGAUUUUGAGGUCCGGGUUUUCACCUGAUCAUAUGACUUAUCCGUUUCUUUUGAAGUCGAGUUCUCGUCUCUCGAACCGAAAACUUGAUGCGUAUGCGAAGUGCGGGGAUGUUGUUUCGGCUAGACUGGUGUUUGAUGAAAUGACUACGAGAGAUGUUGUGUCUUGGAGUUCUAUGAUCGAUGGGUAUGUAAAAAGCGGUGAAUAUAAUGAAGCAUUGGAAAUUUUUGAUCAGAUGAUGAGAAUGGGUUCAUCAAAGGCAAAUGAAGUCACUAUGGUUAGCGUUUUGUGCGCUUGUGCUCACUUGGGUGCGCUAAAUCAAGGGAAGACAGUACAUCGCUAUAUACUCGAUGUGCAUUUGCCCUUAACAGUUAUAUUGCAGACAUCUCUUAUUGAUAUGUAUGCUAAAUGCGGGUCGAUAGGAGACGCUUGGGGCGUGUUUUGUGGAGCAUCCGUUAAGGAAACUGAUGCAUUGAUGUGGAAUGCUAUGAUUGGAGGGCUUGCGAGUCAUGGGUUCAUUAGAGAGUCGCUCCAAUUGUUUCACAAAAUGAAAGAAUCCAAGAUUGACCCGGACGAGAUAACAUUCUUGUGCUUGCUUGCUGCUUGUUCCCAUGGCGGAUUAGUGAAAGAAGCGUGGCAUUUCUUCACUAGUCUCAAGGAAAGCGGAGCGGAACCAAAGAGCGAGCAUUAUGCUUGUAUGGUCGAUGUGCUUUCCCGAGCUGGGCUAGUUAAAGAUGCGCAUGAUUUUAUAUCUGAAAUGCCGAUAAAACCGACAGGUUCAAUAUUGGGUGCUUUGCAGAACGGGUGUAUAAAUCAUGGAAACUUGGAGCUUGCGGAAACAGUUGGAAAGAAGCUUAUAGAGUUACAACCACAUAAUGAUGGACGAUAUGUUGGGCUAGCAAACGUUUAUGCGAUAAACAAGCAGUUUGGCGCAGCUCGGUCUAUGAGAGAAGCAAUGGAGAAGAAAGGAGUGAAGAAAAUUGCAGGACACAGUAUAAUUGAUUUAAAUGGAACAUCACAUAGAUUCAUAGCUCAUGACAAAUCACAUUUUCACUCCGACAAGAUCUAUGCAGUGUUACAGCUGAUUGGAACUUGGAUGAAUCUCGAUGUUGAUGAGGACGAUCACUGUUUUUGUUCUUGACAACAACCACAUUCCUUUAACAAUGUUUUCAUAUUUAUUUUAUUAGAUAAAAGGUUAACUAAAUUAGGUUACGUGAUCAAACUUCAAAGGGUUAGAGUAGAGCAAUUUUGAUGGGUUGGUGCAGUUGGCAAUAUAAUCCGACUUUUAGU